AUGAAAGGGGACGACGAGUGGAAACGGAUCCGCUCUAUAGUCAGCCCUACCUUCACGACCGGGAAGUUGAAGGCAAUGAUGGCUCAUAUAUCGGAUAUCGCCGACCAGUUUGUCACCAAUUUGGGAGUGUAUGCGGAAAAUGGCGAAGUGGUAGAUAUGCGCAAAUACAUGGGUGCCUUUGCCAUGGAUGUGAUCAGCGCCUGUGCCUAUGGUAUAAACGUGGAGUCCAUUAAUAACGCCAAUCAUCCCAUUGUAGUGAACGCUAAGAAGAUCCUAUCCGUGGACUCGAGCGUCGGUUAUAUCGUCUCUGUUUUGUUUCCACCGAUCGCUCGAUUCCUACGCUUAGAGCCGUUCGACAGAAAUGCUCUCAAAUUCUUUGACUUUUUGACGGAAAGGAUUGUCAGACAACGCAACUAA